CUAGAAUGGCGACUGCAGCGUGCGGUCGUCAGUGUAAAACAGGCGGUAAUACUGCCAAAUCACAAAAAGAACACCUGCGAAAAGGUAAAGACUCACAACGGAGACAGGCGGCUCUUUCUUUCCUGAACAACAUAUCUCUAGACGGACGGCCUUUAUAUCAUCUCAGCAAUGGAAACCUCGGUCAAAGGGACGCCGCCGAGCUCCGAAGUCGAGACGCCGCCGGGGCACAGGCUAUUGGACACACACAAUUUUCACCGUGCACCUACGGAACCUUCCCCCAUGUAUCACCCUACUUGGCCGGUGGCGCUGCUACUACUGUGGCGGGGAUUGGGGGACUGAGCCCAGUCCUACCUAAUUUGGGUAUGUCUACAGACACUGGCGCAAGUGUUGCUGUGGGGUGCCGUGAGGUGUUGUUUGAGGGUGUAGACACCAUAGUACCCCCAGAUACCCCCCUGUCCCCCAUUUCUGGACCUCAGACCUUCAAUUCAAUUGCCAAAUCGCCAUCUGUGCUCCAGACUCUGAAUUCCGUGCCGGGGGAUACACGUCAAAGAUCACGGAAUCAUUCGGGCUCUCCAGGACCCGCAAGGGUGGCCAAGAAGGUCCACUUUAUCAAGAGUAUGAGGCAAUAUGACACACGAGGCAGCAGGAUUAUGCUGAUUUGUGCCAAGCGGUCUCUAUGUGCUGCUUUCUCAGUGCUGCCCUAUGGAGAAUGUAUUCACCUCAGUGACCCAAAGCUGGAUGCUCAGAGACAACGGCUGUCCUCUGGGGUUGGCUCUGACCUGUUCCCUGGCCUGGAGGGCCUUGGGGUGGAGCUAGGGGCAUAUGGAAAGACGGUAUCGUACGCCCGAUUCCUUUUCCCAACUCAUGCCCUGGUGAGGUCGAAGAGCAGUGGACCACUAGAGCCCAGCACAGCACAGACACCCCUAUCCCGUUACCGAGGCAACGGCCAGAAGAACUACACCAACCCGUCUGGACUCAACAGCACCAUAGGACAGGACCCGAGUAUAGAAGACCUGGCAGACUAUGAUCCCUACCUACUCAGUGACCCUCAGUGGCCUUGCGGGAGACACAAGAGAGUUCUUAUAUUUGCAUCUUAUAUGACGACUGUUAUUGAGUACGUGAAGCCGUCGGACCUGAAAAAAGACAUGAAUGAGACGUUCAAGGAGAAGUUCCCCCAUAUCAAACUGACCCUCAGCAAGAUAAGAAGCCUGAAGCGGGACAUGCGUGCGGUGGGAGAGGAGUGCAGUCUGCAGCCAGUCACGGUGGCCAUGGCCUUUGUUUACUUUGAGAAGCUGGUGCUGCAGGGCCGCCUGAACAAGCAAAACAGGAAGCUGGUGUCUGCUGCUUGCGUCCUGCUGGCAGCCAAGAUCAGCAGUGAUCUGAAGAAGCAGGAGGUUCGACAGCUGAUUGACAAGCUGGAGGAGCGUUUUCGUAUAAACCGGCGGGAGUUGAUUCCAUUGGAGUUCCCUGUCCUGGUUGCCUUGGAGAUGGGGCUCUACCUCCCUGACAGCAAGGUCAUGCCGCACUACCGCAGGCUGGUGCAGCAGGGCUAGGCUGGAGCCUGGAGGUGGCCUGAAUCACUGGCCUGGGUCCAGUUUGGAUAUUUAAGUCCUGAUGAUAUUGAUUGGAAAUGCUGAUCCUGGAUCAUCACCUGGAGGGAGGCAUUGUCUUCCCUAUAAUAUGUUUAGGUGUAGUAGACAUGUCCCUUAUUCAAAUUGGGGGGGGGGGGAGUUUGGUGCUCAAUAUUUAUUUUGAAUUUUUCUUUAUCGCGAUAUGAAGGAUUAAGAGUGUUUUCCGCAAAGAUAUUGGGACUGAUUUUUCUUAUUGCGUUCGCUUGUACCGAACUUCUUUCUGUGGUGUGUAUUGCAUUCUGAUCAAUAUAUAUUUUUUUUAAACCAUGUCUAUUUGUACAAACAGUACAAGUUAACUAUUUAUUGAAAAAUAACUCCAACUGGGUGUGGGGUAGCAUCCCAAUUGGGGUGUCUUUAAGUACACACAGAGAGUAGGCUUUGAUGUUGAUGGUUGGCCAUAUCGGUUUGAAAUAAUUUAAUGUACUGUCCAAAGGUGCAGAAAAGUCAUUUUUAUGUGUAAAUGGUGCCUGGUGUUUAUUUGUCGCAUACACUGAUUUGCAGAUGUUAUCGCAGGUGCAGCAAAAUGCUUGUCUCUAGCGCCAACAGUGCAGUAAUGUCUAACAAAACACACACGUACAGUACCAGUCAAAAGUUUGGACACACCAACUCAUUCAAAGGUUUUUCUUUUAUUUGUACUAUUUUCUACAUUGUAGAAUAAUAGUGAAGAUUUAAACUAUGAAAUAACAUGUAUGGAAUCAUAUAAUAACCAAAAAAGUGUUAAACAAAUCAAAUUAUAUUUGAGAUUCUUCAAAGUAGCCACCUGUUAAUAACAGCUUUGCACACUCUUGGCAUUCUCUCAACCAGCUUCACUUUUACAAUAGUCUUGAAGGAGUUCCCACAUAUGCUGAGGAUUUGUUGGCUCCUUUUCCUACACUCUGCGGUCCAACUCAUCCCAAACCAAACGUGUUAUUUCAUAGUUUUGAUGUCUUCACUAUUCUACAAUUGAAUGAGUAGAUGUGUCAACUUUUGACUGGUACUGUUUAUAUAAACGCAACAUGCAAAAUGUUGGUCCCAUGUUUCAUGAACGGAAAUAAAAUAUCCUAGGAAUGUUCCUUAUGCACAAAAAGCUUAUUUCUCUCAAAUGUUAUGCACAAGCCAAUUGCAUGCUUCCUCAACUUGAUCUCUUUGGUGUUGUGACAACUGCACAUUUUUAGUGGCCUUUUAUUGUCCCCAGCACAAGGUGCCCCUGUGUAAUGAUCAUGCUCUUUAGUCAGCUUCUUGUCAUGCCAAACCUGUCAGGUGGAUGGAUUAUCUUGGUAAAGUGGAAAUGCUCACUAACAGGGAUGUAAACUAAUUUGUGCACUAACGUUGAGAGAAGCUUUUUGUGCAUAUGGAAAAUGACUUGUGAUCUCUUAUUUCAUCUCAUGAAACACAGGCCCACUUUACAUGUGUGUGCGCACUCGCUAGCUUGUUGAUAUGACUAUUUCUUCACUUGCUGUGAAAAUGACACAUCAAUCAUUGGUCUUAAAGUCUCAAUAUGAUUGUUUGUGUUAUUGAGAGAGGGAGUUGUGGGCUGGCCAGAGUGCCACUUUAUACUAUAUUGUAGAAGCAUCAGGCAUUCCAUUGUAUCAUUUGUUUAGAACUUGUGGUUUUGUACAGCUUGGAUGUUUUUGUAUUUACCUUCUUGGGUUGGCACUGUAGCUGCUUUUACCUUAAUUUUGUACACUUUAAAUCCACACUCACUGUGCAAACCACUGCCUAUUUGCUGGCUGGAAACGUGUUGGCAGUGUCGAUCUAGACCACAAAUGACUUUUCUUCUGUGACGGUUGUUAAAUCAAACUUCCUAUCAUUACUUGGUUGCUGUUCUGUCAACAUCCAGGGAUAGGAUUUGCAAUAAGUAUUCUUACCCUAUUGUUCAAUGUGCUGGAUCAUCCACGAGCCAGUUGUCAUAUUUUUAAGUUCUCAGGAAAAUCCCAUUUAUUUCAAAGAUGUUAUCAAACAAACAAAAGGAGAUCUCUGGAAUGAGUGCAGGUAGAAAGCAGUUAUUUGUGUGUGAAAUGUCCUGAAGUUACAUUUAUUUCGCUAUUUUACAGUAUUUCUCGUAUUUUCAUCAGUGUUGGCUCACGCCACUCAACAUACAGUAAGAAGUGCCUAAAACCAGUUUAAUAAUGAUCUGUCCUAUCCAGAUGUUAUUCCCUUUUAUUUCACUUGUCUUGUUGCUGUUGAGUGUUCUACCGCAUCUGUGAAAAUCAUGGAAAAUUGCAGACUGCUUAUUGUAUCUUAGUAUCUGGACAGACCUGUUAUGUGAAUCUCAUUGUGUGUGAUCUUGGAGAAAACAUUUUGUACAGUAACAUGGAGAAUUGCUCAUUUCUGCUGUGGUGUGAAUUGGUCUCCGUUUUGCAAAUGUAUGCUUACAUUACCUCGUCAUUUUGUUUAGAAUGUGAAAAUGUUGUGCUUUAUGGAUGGUGUCAAUUUUGUAAAAGUAGUGUUAAAUUAUCAAAUGUUUUUUUCUGAC